AUGGCACUUUCUGGCAUCACCAUUAAUGAAAUUACCCAUCAUUUAUCUUAUACAGAAAAAGCACACACCAAGAGCAACAGACCAGCCAAGCCUGAAAAUGAGAGUCACAGUUCAACAGAGCUAGCGGAUGGUCGUCUACGGAUGAAUGACCAGCUGAUUGCCGUUAAUGGGGAAUCUCUUUUGGGAAAGUCCAACCAUGAAGCUAUGGAGACACUGAGGCGAUCAAUGUCCAUGGAAGGAAAUAUUCGAGGGAUGAUCCAGUUGGUGAUUCUGCGGAGACCAGAGAGACCACUGGAGGAGCCUGCAGAGUGUGAGGCAUUUUCUAAGCCAUGCUUUGAGAAUUGUCAAAACGCUAUAACUACCUCCAGGAGAAAUGAUAAUAGUUCAUUGAAUCCAUUUGGCACUUACAGUUCACAAGACAAACAGAAAGAGCUAUUCCUCCCCAGUGACAGAUGGGCCGAGGCUGAGGUCCCGCCUUCUCCACCACCACAUCCCAUUCUGGAACUGGGCACUGAAGAUUACAGCCACAG